UUCAAUGAAAUGGCAAUCCAGUCUUUAAAGAAGGGACAUCCUGAUAUAACUGCAGAAACAGAUCAAGGGGUGGAUGUGCAAAAUGAAAAUACUCUAAAAGAGCUUGAGAACGAGAUUAUGUCCGUUGAUGCUGAAAUGCUUAGUCUCAACGAAGAAUACCAAAAGAUGAUCUAUGAUGCUAAUAAGGUUCAAUUGGAGGUGGCUACUUUGCAAAAAAGAAUUUCUCUUAGUGAAGCCAUCUUGCUACAAUCUGAACGGUUGAAAGAUCUGUCAGCUCAGAUUAGUGAACUGGAGAAAACAUGCAGUUCUGUGGGAGAGGAGCUACAGAAAAAGUACACAUGCCCCAAGUGCCAGUUUAAUAAUAUGGAGAGUUCUGAAUGGACUUCAGAAGCUGAAGAAACUGCUGCUAAUUGAAAUGGUAUGCGAACAUAUUAGAUUGAAUAAAUAUAACAUUUUUUCCUUAAGUUUUUUUCUUUUCUUUUUUUUAAAUGAUUUUUUAGAUGUUUUAAUAUUGAUUUCAAUAGACAGCAUGCUGAAGCAUUAUUGGGAUUUGUUUAGGAAUUCCUUUCGUCUGCUUUGGUUUUAAA